AUGGGAACUCUUCUUUGUCCCACGAGAAGUGCAAGUGUGAGUGAGAAGGUGCUAAAGAUAAUGGCUUGCAUAGAAAAUAAGUGGCAAAAUUUUGACUGGGCUUCGUUUGUGCUUGACGAACUCAGUGAAGAAAUUAAACGGUACAAUAAGAGUAGUAAGGAAGGACAGACCAAGGGUGCCAAAGUUGUCGAAGGCUAUACUUCCUGCAAAGAUUCCCUUUGUAGGGAGGUGAACCGAAAGACAAAGACGCCGCAUUGGGAUGAUAAGGCCGACAUUAAGGAGUUUUGGGUCAAUUUCAACAACACAUUGAAGAAUGAAAUGGCCAAGAUUCAAAACUUUGUUUGUGAUGAAUUGGUUAAGUUGGAAAACAAAAUUCUUAACUGGGGAAGCAAUGAAGAAGUCAAUUAUGAGCAGUCGGAUGAAAAUAAGAAAGAUGAGCAUGAAGAAGGAAAAGAACACUACACUGAGGAGGAUGAAGAUGAGCAAUCACAACAUGAUGAAGUUAUGAUUGUAGAAGGGGAAGAAAAACAUCAAAGUGGUGAGAAAUCACAUGAUGAUGAACAACAAGAAGAAGAAGAGGAAGAUGAAGACAAGAAUGACAAUGUGAGAGAAAAUGAAGCUACAAAAAAGGAUACUAAAGGUGAAUAG